UUCUCUCCUGGUUGCUAUAUCGUGCCACAGCCAGAGUUUCCCGCAGAGCCUUUGCUGCAGGCUUGCACCGCUUUGGACUCAAUGGCUUCUCAGCAUGGGCAGCAGGAGAAGGCAAAGCGAACUACCCCUGCCCUCUCUUCCAGAACCUCAGUCUCAUCUCGAAGUGGAGCACGGGGAACUUCGCCCCAGCGUCCGAUGUCCGUCUCGGGCUUGGACCACAAGAGCAUUGUCGCGAUGAGCCAGCUGUGCACAGAGGAUCUAGAUGCAAAGAUGCGGGAGAAGUCUGCCUUGUCAAAGCAACUUGCAGACCUGAAGAGAGGAAAAUUGCAGUACGAUACAAAAAUGCAAAAGAAGAAGAAAGAAGAUGAUAGCGCCAUUGUGCAGACCAUGGACAUGGAGAAAAAGCUACAGGCGCUAAAUAAUGGCAAUCGAGUUGCAACUGCAGAACUUUCAGGCUUGGGUUCAGAAAACGAGCGCUUGCGACAAGACAUUGACGGCUUACGGUCGCACUUGCAAGAGGCCACAACAGCAUAUGAGCGCGAGUGCGAAGCCCUGGAGGGACUGAAACAAGCUUUACAAGCUACUCGCAAGGAGCUGUCAGCUGAGACAAAACAACGUGAUGUUGUCCAGCAGGAUCUCCGGGCUUCCAGAACAGCCCAGACCCUUAUGAUCAACCGUCUUGAUGAUAUUGAGCGCAGGAACAAGGCCCUCAAGAAUUGUGUUGCCAAUGCGAUCAAUCGAUGAUGCACUGAGAUGUGCGCUGCUGAGCCGAAAGCUGCAAGGGUCAAAAGAA